AUGACAAGGCCAAAGAGGCAGCACAACCUGAGGAACAAGAAGACGAGGAGGUUUGCCCAUCAUUCCUCAUCCUCGGCAAUGGUGAAGAAGGAGGUGAGCCCCUCGUCGGGGUUCGAGAAGAUGCCAGCCUUCAAGAAGAAGGUUGUCCCGGCCGCCCCGUCGGGGUUGAAGAAGAAGGCCGCUAUCAUCACUAGGAAGGAGCAGCACCUGGCAGCAUUGAUGAAGGAGAAGUAG